UGUCAUUCAAUGCGAUGCCUCCAAACUUCUUACACAUAUUUCAUUCAAGAUCCAAAUUGAUAACUUUGAUACAUAUUCAACGAAUCUCGUACAGAAUGGCGUCAUCAUCUCCGAAUACUAGUAAACGGAAAGCAUUAGAGAAAUCAAUCUCACCGCCACCUUUAAAACGCAAAGCUCAAAGUACCAUAUCAAAAGGCGCAGUAGCUAGUUUCUUUACCCCGACAUCCCAGAAACCGAAAGAACGUACAAUCUGGACCGAGCGUGCUCCCGAUGAUGAUACCCCUCCUACUUUACUUGUCGGACGUUACGAACCCGAAAAGAUGGAAGAGUCAGAUCGUAGAAAAAGGAGGAAAAUAGCUGCGUUCGACCUGGAUUCGACUCUUAUCACUACAGCUUCAGGAAAGAGGUUUGGAGAUGAUCCGGGGGAUUGGAAAUGGUGGGAUUCCAGUGUACCAUCUCGCCUACGAGAAUUAUAUGCGAAGGACUAUCGCAUAAUAAUCCUUAGCAACCAAGGGGGAUUAACAAUACACCCAGAUCCGAAAUCCAAAGGUCCAAAGACCGUCAAUAAGAAUAAGGUCAACAACUUCAAACAAAAAUGCGGGGCCAUACUUGCGCAGCUCAACUUGCCUACUACGAUAUAUGCUGCUACGGGUCGAGAUAUCUUUCGUAAGCCGCGAACCGGUAUGUGGAUGGAAGUCUGUCAAGACUAUGAUAUCCCCGAAGAUGAGAUCGAUCUUGCCGAUAGUAUCUUUGUGGGUGAUGCUGGUGGCAGGACAGCACAAUUGAAAAACACCCAGACAGGUGCGGCAGCGGUCGCUAAGGAUUUUAGUUGUUCAGAUCGUAAUUUCUCACACAACGUCGGGAUCCCAUAUAAGACACCAGAAGAAUUCUUCCUCGGUGAACCUCCUCGCGAGUUUGCGAGGGAUUUCGACUUGACUUCUUAUCCCCUUUCCGAAUCAAAUGAUAAUGGCGAGAUUUUACUCGAAAAGACGCAUAAACAAGACAUUAUCCUAUUUUGUGGUCCACCAGGUGCCGGCAAAAGUACAUUUUACUGGAGACAUCUAAAACCAUUGAAUUAUGAGCGUGUGAAUCAAGACACACUGAAGAGCAGGGCCAAAUGUUUCAAAACGGCAGCAGAGCUUCUUGGCGAAGGCAAUUCAAUAGUCAUUGACAACACGAAUCCCGAUGCGGAUGGUAGAAAGGAAUGGGUAGAUUUUGCAAAGAAACAUAAUGUACCCAUCCGUUGUAUCUGGUUUAAAGUACCCAAGGCGUUAUGCGAGCAUAACGAUAUUGUACGUGCUCUCAAUAAGCCAAUGAACCCGGAAGCACGCGCCGCACUACCCGGUCUUGCCUUUAACGGUUACUUCUCUCGUUUCAAGGAACCAAAAGUUAAGGAAGGAUUCGAAGAUAUUGUCGAGGUCGAAUUCAAGUUUCGCGGAACCAAGGAAGAAUAUGCUAUUUGGGGUCGUUACUGGAGCUAAAUUUUUAUACCCAAUACCCCUUUUCUGCUUUAUGUCUCACUUAACCAGGUAGCUUAACUAGAGAUCUGCCAAUGGCGAAAGCGGCAGAUACGCGAGCUGGUUGUAGAUCUGUGAGAGUGCUUCUGCAUAGUAGCAGUGUGCCUAAUACAUUAUAAAUACCAUCGAACCACAUUCAUAUAUCAGCGCAGAUUAAAUACCUCAAUAAGGGAUGAAUUUACCAUGGAAGUCAUUCACGUUCAUAUCUUAGAAAAAGUCAAGUUUAUGGAUCGAUUUUAUUGAUAUGUGUAUGUAUAUGUAGGUAUCUAGUAAUAACAUCAUACAGAGUUG